CCACAUCAUUCCCGAUCCAAACAACCUCCUAAUCCAAUACACAUCACCAACCAUGGAGACAACAGACCCCUUCCUCCAGGUCCAAGCGGACGUCCUCGCAACCCUCCAAACCAGCCGACCACUCUUCUCCUCAUACCUCCGCAUCCGCUCACUCGCCAAAUCCCCCAACAACCCGGAACUCAACCAAUCCCGCACCGAACUCGAAACAACGCUCACAGAACUCACCGCUGACCUCGACGAUCUCGUCGAAUCCGUCCGCGCAAUCGAACAAGACCCCUACCGCUUCGGCCUCGAACUCGACGAAGUCCAGCGCCGGCGCAAACUAGUCGACGAUGUGGGCGGAGAAAUCGAGCAAAUGCGCACCGAGCUGGCGCAGGCAGUUUCCGUAGCGCCGGUCCCCGAACUACCGAAUCCGACGGAAUUUGAUGCCGCGCUGGAUGAGGAGGAGGGUGGUGGGCGCGGGGAUGAUUACUAUGCGUCGCUGGAGCAGCAGAGGCAGACGGAGUUGAUGCAUGAGCAGGAUGAGCAGUUGGAUGGGGUGUUUCAGACGGUGGGGAAUUUGAGACAGCAGGCGAAUGAUAUGGGGCGGGAGUUGGAGGAUCAAGCUAUCAUGAUUGAUGAGGUUGAUACGCUUGCGGAUCGGGUUGGUGGGAAAUUGAAUAAUGGGAUGGCGCGGAUACGACAUAUCGUGCGCAAGAAUGAAGAUACAUGGUCAUCCUUUUGCAUCGCGGCGUUGAUUUUCGCCCUCGUGCUAUUAUUAAUUCUCGUUAUCGUCCUGUGAUAGUACAUCAUAUGGGGCGUGACAAAUCGGACAAACCACCAUCAUCACAUGGAGCAUGGGGUUUGACGUUCUCCGGGCAGGCAAUUCAAAUCGAAAUUGAUUUUAGUUGCGAGCCUUCUUGGCGGGGGGCUGGUCAUCGCCCUCAUCUUCAUCUUCAUCAUCCUGCUCCAUGAGCUCCUCCAUGGCCAUGCCCUCGAAGUCAAAGGGAACCUCGAACGAUUGAGCUGCACAUGAAAAGGCGACAAGUCAGCGAGCGGUUCCUAAAUGCUAUUUGGGGCCUUAUGUGUCUCUGGGUUUGACAUACCGUAAUACUUCAAGGCGUUGGCCCAGAGAUCCCCGGCGAGGAGAAUGGCGAGCUCCUCACCCUCGGUGCAGAUCUCAGCAUCCUCGAGGUCAUCGACGAGAAGCUCGAAAUCAUCAUCCUCGUCAUCCUCCUCGUCCUCAUCGUCAUCGGGAACCUCUUCACCGUUGGAGAUCUUGGCCCAGCGCUCCUCAUCUUCCUUCACAGCCUCCUGGUUCUGCUCGGCAGAGAUGGCACGGCCGCGGUAACCGAAGAAGGAGAAGAAGCUGGUACCAGUGGGGCUCUCAUCCUCAUCAUCGGACAGCUCAGCCUCCAUAUCGACAUCGUCCUUCAUAUUCUCGAUAUCGCGUUGCUCGAGCUUCUUGACGAGAGCCUUAUACUCGGGCAGCGACUUCCGCUCGCCACCCUUCUUCUCGGCGUCGAAGAGGUCACAGGCAGCGUCGAGCAGACCCUUGGUGGGGUCAAGCUCAGCCUCCUUCCAGUUGAUGCGGACGGGGUCGGAAACAAGGCCCUCCCAGACACGGCGCUUGCCGCUGGAGGUCUUCAUGACUUGCUUGCGCCAGUAGAACUCCUUUACGAGCUUGGCGUUGUCAAAGUAGGAGUUUUCCUCGGGGUCGAACUCGAAGGUGAAGCGCAAGCUGCGGGGCUCGCCCUUGCCCUGAGCAUCGACCUCGAAGCGCUCGACGUUCAAUCCCUUGAGGGCCUCACCAAUGAUUGCGGCAUCGUCCUGCAGGAUAUACUCUUCGAUCUCGGCGGGAGCGCUGUCAAAGACGCGGGCCCAGAAGUCGGGCUUGACGCUGGGCAGAGAAAUGACCUCCUCGCGCUUCUUAAAGGCGGGGGCAAAGAGAGCGACGGACUGGCGCACUAGUGAAGGAAGUGUUAGCGAAGAUUCAGUGUUAUUGUUUUUCAGCGCAUGUAUGCAUUUAGAAUCAAUCGAUAGAAAUAAAGCAUCGCAUCGCGAUAUCGGCCACAUUCCUGUCACAGCUCGAAGCUCGACAGAUUGACGAAGAAAAGUAAAAUCAAACUCAAUAUUCGCCAGAAGUAACGAAUAUGGUGAGGAAGGUAAA